AACGCGUCAAAAUAUUGUCUCCUUCUUCCGCACUCCGACGAUGCGAAUUCAUUGAUACCUGCCUUACAGGAAUAUGAAUUCAGAUGGAUAUCAUCCAGUAUCAGAACUGGGUGAUGAAUCCGCUAUCGUGACGGCUAGAGAAGCCUUCAAGGAUAUCGCAUUCGGAAGUAUCGCUGGAAUGAUCUCGGAGGUGUUCGAAUAUCCAUUCGACCUCGCAAAAGUACGGUUGCAGUCCCAAAUGCUGACACCUGCAUCGGAAAACAUUGGAAGACGUUUUGAUGGACCGCUGGACUGUUUGAUGCAGACAUGGAGGGACGAAGGAUUUAAAGGCCUGUACAGGGGCCUGCCUGCACCUCUCAUCGGCUCGAUGGCAGAGACCGCUGCCUUAUUUUUCGCCUAUUCCUCAUUCCAAAAUGUUAUCCGUGCCUAUUCCUUCCGUAAAGAUCCUCAAGAAUCAUCUUUGCAACUUUCCAUACCCCAACUAGGCCUUGCGGCUGCCGGUGCAGGCUUUGUCACCAGUUUUAUUCUGACACCCAUUGAGCUCGUGAAAUGCAAAAUGCAAGUUCAGAUGAUGAACCACCACACAAGCGCACAUAUCCCACCCAUUCACAGCACGCCAAAGCCCAUUAAACAGAUUGUGAACCAAACGCAACCGCUGUCAUCUCCAUCUUCAUCUCGUUCGCCGCUAUCUACUCUUGCGCGGACAAUAUCUACGCCUGUAGAGGCAGAGGCUUAUCGUCGGCGUCUACCGGGCCCCAUGUCCAUUAUCAGGACCGUCGUACACGAUCAUGGUGUUCGAGGACUCUGGUUAGGCCAUACUGGGACGUUACUCCGCGAAACAGGCGGCACUGCAUCAUGGUUCGUCCUCAAAGAAUGGCUCGCGUCAGAAUUCAAGACGCGGAGACUGGGUCAGGGCGUCCCCGGCGAGCUUCUACCGUGGGAGUCAGCCGUCUCUGGGGCUAUAUCUGGCGCGGCAUGCGUGCUAGCGCUAUAUCCUGCCGAUACCGUGAAAAGUGCAAUGCAAACAGAGGAGGAGUUGCGUUCGCAGCUUGGGAAGAAGAUGACGAAGGGGCCGACCUCUUUUUAUCGGACAGCUACGAGGAUGUACUCUAUGCACGGGAUUAGAGGGUUGUAUGCAGGGUGCGGCAUGACCGCCGUGAGAGCGGUGCCCAGCAGUGGGAUUGUCUUUCUAGUAUAUGAUGGGCUGAACUCCUGGUUCAGUAGACUAUAAGGCAGCAUUUACUUAGAACAUACACAACUAAUCAAGAGC